CGUUACUUUUGCUAUGCCUGGCGCCUUUGCUGCUGCAAAACUACCGAGCCUUUCGGUCGGCAUGCCGGGUGCCCGCGCAAGCGGCUGCUGCGAGGGCUGCCCGAACACCCCGGCUGUCUGUGUCAUGUUGAGGUGUUCAGCCAUGAGGCUGACAGCAGGCGGAAGUGCGAGACGCGUUGACCUUUGAGCUUCUGGCCCCAGCGAUGACCGCGAGCGAAAGAAAAGAACUGUCCAACAGCUACGUAUAAGGCCUGAAGUUGGUUUGAGCAAGUUUGUGUUGCGCGCCAAAACGUAAGUGGGAAAAAGCGCGGUAGAGGGCUGGCCCGGGCCAGGGGUCAAAGCCGAGCGCUAGUGGGACGCAAGUGGGCGGUCGGCAUUUCCACUCGCCCUAUGCAACCCCUCGAUUUCUUCAUUGCAUUCACGCCCUGAUUAUUUCUAUCGCUAGAGACACAAUUAUAAUAUUGUUUGCAUCGAACACGGUCAGCUUUCCGCGCAAGAAUUUCAAAGUCGCGACUAAGUGGGGCCGAGUGGAAACAGCCUGUAAGGGUUCGAAUCCCUGGGCAUUAGCGUGCACAUCGCGACGGGUUCGUUUUCAGUCCACUUGGACUGAAUCCAGGGUCUGGCCAGGCUGUGGCUUUUAGCCAUGCGGACUCCUCCUUUGCGCCCGCGAGGCAGGCACAAUGUCUCAAACGGGCUGGCUCCUGCGCGCGCUCCUCAGGCGCCGCUCUUAGUGCGCGGCCUGUCCAGGGUUUCCAGGCUCGGUGCGAUUUGGGCGCCUCCGCUGAUGAAACCAAGAGCUGUCUGCCCAUAGAAGACGGCGCCUCGAGGCGGAGACCGCGGCACGACCUGCCAGCUCGGCAGCUGCUGCGACCUCUCGCGUUUGUCGUGUACGGAGCAAGGCUCCCAGAGGGGUUUUGCCAACGUCAUCGCCGGCUUCACAGCAGUAUACAUGCAUCAGGAACAAGAAACCAGCUGCUGUGGAGGUGGGCAAUGGCUCGGUACCCUGGGAGGGCUGCAUGCAGCGACGCAGCGGGGGUGGCUGCUGGGGGUGGGGUGUGCUGGCCCCGUGACCGCAAUGCCACACAGGGAAUGGCUGACACUCGUGAUCAGUCGUGCGCCAGAUUGGACGUGAACAAAGUUACUGCACGCCUGAAGCAUGCUGCUGGCUUGGUGAUUGGAGUGCCGAAGGAAUCAAAGCCACGGCCAGCAGCAUCUCUGCAUUUUUGCUUAGGCAGUCCUGUCUUUGGUCGGUUGGCUUGCUUGAUUGGGCCUCUUGUGCACAAGCACAUGCAUAUUGCCUGAAAGGGCUUGAGCCGGCGCGGGUGCAAAUGGCCUCAGGUCGCAUGGGCGGCGGGGGCAGGCACGACUGCAGCUGCGUGCGUGGUGCGGGUGAGGGCGAUGUCAUGCGCACCGCGAGAUAGAUUCCCGGUUCCAUGUGGACCGUCGGACUCGGAGCGCGCUGUGGCGGAGCUCUUUCUCUGCAUUUAUGCGCGGACAGCGGCAGUCAAUUAGGAUGCACGCGCGGCUUUGGUGGGACACGCAUUAUCGCCGACGACGGUUGCGCGGGUGUGACCUGGAUGCUCGCACAACGCACAGCCGGCAGCCUUGGCCACCGAGCUAGCGACGCUAUGAAACGCUCGGUGCAAUCCAGGAAUCGGCGUUUGCUGUUAUAAAUGGAGGCACUCUCAUUGUAAUUAGAGACUGGUUUGGUGGGUUUGCCAGGGGCCUAAACCUGAUUGGAGUGGGGGCAAGCAGGAGAGGCUUCAUCUGAAGCUGGCAAGUACCAGGCUUGCUUGUUCAUUACUCAACAUCAAUGCAUGCAUGAGAUUCCCACACUAGCACGAUGCGAUCUGCUUGGUUCGGUACGGGUUAACUCGCCGUUUCGCGCGCAUGUGGGGAAGUCAGUCAAUGUACCGGAAGGCGGUUUGGCUGAAUAAAUAUGAGCGCCCUUUGGAAAGCAGCGAAUAUGAGACGAUAGUGUUUCGUUUGUUUGCAGUGGCGCAUCAUUGCAUUUCAUGCAAUUAUUAUUGCUGGGACACAGCAUUGCCCAUGCCCGUGAUAACAGAUAUGCGGUGCGUGAGGCCCUUUAUGCCAACGCUUGCCACGCUGCAUGCCACGUCUGUACAUUUGCAUUUGUGGUGUUAUUAUGCAUCCUUGAGGCUGGCUUCGCAGGCUUGCAUGAAAACCGGACCCAUGAAGAACCCAAUGCGCAUUCUUGAAGCUUGACUGAAGAGGAAGUCUUUGGAGGCGCACGGCUGUUAGGCAGCGCUGUACACGGUAAAGUAGGGCAAUCCUGGCACGUUCGAUUUUGGACAUGCAACAGCGAGGCUGGACCUGCCAGCAAUCAAAUAAAAGGCUACAAGCUGAUAGUGGAAGAUGAAGUAAGGUGCCAACCCUAAAGACGUACCCCACAGUUUGUUUUGGCGCCAUGGGCUGGAGUGAUUCGUAUGUAUGUGCGCGCCCCCAUGAACGUUGCAAGGACCCGGCUGCGGCACAAUCGCUUUGAUGGGGGCAUACAAGGCUCUCGUGUGUGCGCUUUGGAUGGCAGGCUUGAGACGUGUGUGGGGAAGUGAGUCAGGUGGCAGUUGCGGUAAUCCUUAGCAUAUGCUUGGACUUGGAAGCCGCUACAAAACACUUGGUAGGUAGUAUGAUUCAACGUUGAAAGCCCAGGUGGGCCGGCCUAACAUGGCUACAAAUAAAUCAUGCAUUCUUAUUUCUUGUCUGGGUCUCACGCGCUUUGAGUGGGUUCCUGCAGAGGCAGCUCCGUUUGGGCCUCUUUGUUGACAAUCCAGGGUUGUCUAUAAUGAAGAGACUGGCAAAGUGGCAAACCACAUCACCCCCUUUUACCUGUUACCGUACUUUCCAUUUCAAUCCUUCCUAAAUCCUGUGUUUCGGUGGGCAUGGGACGCAGCGUCUGCGUGGCGCCAACCCGGUGAGACCCGUGUGUGCGUGUGUGUGUGUGUGUGUGUGUGUGUGUGUGUGUGUGUGUGUGUGUGUGUGUGUGUGUGUGUGUGUGUGUGUGUGUGUGUGUCGGCGUGGUGCCUGUGUGGGUCAGAAAGCGAGGCAGCUGAGGACGCAGCAGAGGAGGGCCGACUGCACUGGGUAGUGUGGCACGGAGCGACAGGACGCGGGGUUUGGGUCGUCACCAAAGAUUUGGGGUCGUCUGGUUAUGGUGUCCGAUGAUGCAAAAGGUGAAUUUGGGUGCCGCGGGCUGGUACGUGUGUGUGUGCGGUUCUUCGCCUCAGUGCAGACGGACGCGCUCCUUGCGUCCGUUCCUGCAGUUUCCUGGCUGGGCUUACGAUAGGUCCUGCGGCUCGCGACAGCCUUGUGCACUGCGCCCGGGCACUGCGGUGGGGCGGCGUGGUGUGGUGUGGUGUGGUGUGGUGUGGUGUGGUGUGGUGUGGUGUGGUGUGGUGUGGUGUGGUGUGGUGUGGGGCGGGGCGGGGCGGGGCAACCGAGGACUGCCGGGUUGAGAUCAUCUCACGUGCAUGCGUGUGUGCAUGGAGAACGUCAGACGGUAAGAGCUGGCUUACCACAAGGUGUUUGGGUUUGCACAGAUGCGAUGUGGCAAAGAGCAUUUCAUCCAUUGCGAGGGCUGCAGCUACAUUGAUGAGUGAGAGGUGGUCGUGCGGCACUGUGCAGUACGUGUUUGGGGAAUGAACGGGGGAGCCGCACGCGCGCGCCGCGUGGAUCAGGCGGGCGGGCAGAAACACGCGCUGCCCAUCCGAUCCGGUAUUGAAGCUGUAGUGAUGAGUAGCG